AAGUCCAAUCGCCCAUGUGAUACAAAACGUCACGUGGUAUUCUCCUUAGGAGGCGCUACUUUCAUUUUAUCCCAGUGAUAUAGAGUACUUGGUAUUUGGGGAAAAAAUCUGGUGAUGAUAUUAAAUAUUUUAUGAUGCAGUAUGAAUGGAUGGACAGAUCGUUGCAGCGUUCAUCUAAACUUAGCCGUGAAGUUUUAGAGCGUACUCGCAGCAGAAAUGUGGUGUGGCCAUCUGCAAUAGAGUUUAAAAAGGGUAAUCGUGAUAUAGGACAGAUUUGUUCUGUUGUAUGUAGUGCUGAGCAGGAAGAAACUGCAUAUGCAACGCUAAAUGAUGCAUUUGCUACUGUCCUGGAAUUCAUGGCUCAAACCACAGCACAAUGCCAGAAAUAUUACAACUCCGUGCAAGCAGGUGAAUGCACUGAACAUGAGGUGAACCAUAUAUGCAGAUAUCACUUCAGACAACUUGCAGAAACUUCAAACCAAGCGACUUCCCCAAAAAAUAUGGAACUGAACACAAAACAUCAUCAACUGGAGUGAACCUCAGAACUGUUGCCCUAGAAAGAAUUUUGCCAUUUGUUCUCUACAUCAUCAUUCUGGAACUGUAAGUGCUUAUGUCACUGAGCAGAAGAAUGGAGCCACAUAAUGUAAAAGUGAUGAAUCAUAUGGUUCAUUAGUAUGAGAUAUAGUAGUUUGAAGUAAAAGAAAUGGAACAGGCAUAUUUUAAUUCCUGAACAUCAAUAGAGCUGAUAGCGCUGUAGUGUUAAUCUGACUGUUAAUGAUAGCUGUCUGAGCUACCUUGUCCAAUUCAGACCAAUAGGACUUGAAAGGCAGACCAUACACAGCAGUUUGUCUCAGUGUAAAUUAAUUAUGGUACUGAAUGUGCAGGAUUCACUGCUGUGAUUAAGCACAUUAAAUGUAAGAAAAAUCACUUCAA